AUGCCUGAAAGAGCCAGCUUCACACGUUUAUUCCAUGUCGUCCUCCUGGUAGUCUGUACCUGGUUUGAAUUCGUGCAUGCUCAAUUUCCCCGCUACAGUGACAAUGGCCUGACGACGAUCCGGUCACCAUUGAAUCCAAAUAUAACGAUCAGCUUCAAGAGCCCUCCGUACGGUACCUGUACCACAGUCUUCGAGACGCAAAAGCAGUACACGGGAUAUGUCCACCUUCCACCAAACGUCCUAUCACCGAGUCAGGGCAAUUAUCCCAUCAAUACCUUCUUCUGGUUCAUAGAGGCACGUCAACUUCCCGAGACGGCCCCUCUAACCAUCUUUAUCAAUGGUGGACCAGGAAGCAGCUCGAUGGUGGGCCUGUUUCAAGAGUUAGGACCAUGCAGUGUCAUAGAGCUUGACAAUCAGACUUUAGGCACACUGGCCAGAGAAUGGGGAUGGGAUAGAAGCAGCAAUAUCAUAUUCAUUGACCAACCAGUUCAAGUGGGUUUCUCCUACGAUAUUUUGACAAACAAAUCGCUGAAUCUGCUUGACGAAACCCUGACUAUGCCUCCUGUUGAUGUGCCUAUCACUCAACCACUGUACACGUUUCUGAACGGCACAUUCGGAUCUAAUGACGGCCUUGCGACCUCUAAUACUUCUACGAUUGCUGCUCAAUCCAUCUGGCAUUUUCUGCAAGGCUUCCUGGCUGCAUUCCCGCAAUACAACCCAGCCACGAGACCUGACAGAAAUACAGAGGGACCUGUCGGUAUCAAUUUGUUUACCGAGUCAUACGGCGGAAAGUUUGGUCCUGCAAUGGCUUCGUUCUUCUCUGCUCAAAACAAAUUGCGCGAAGUCGACCCGGUUUUCCAGAACUCUACUCUAGAAGUCAAGCUUGUCUCAUUAGGCGUCAUAAGUGGUUGGAUCGACCUCAUCGUCCAAGCUCCCUUCUUUCCGCGUUUUGCCUACUCUAACACAUACGGUGUCCAGGCAAUCAGUCAGGUCCAGCAGUUGAACGCUCUUAGUGCCUGGAAUGGCGUCGGAGGAUGUCAGCAAUUGACUCAGUCCUGCCGUUCACAGCAGCGUGCUUACGACCCGACAGAUGGGGGUAGUGUGAACCUUGUUAACGACGCUUGCUCAGAAGCACAAGCGUACUGCCAAAACAACGUCGUUGCACCCUACACAACCUCAGGCAAGUCACUGUACGACGUCUCACAAAAUUUUCUAGACCCAUUCCCGAACUCGUUGUACCUUGAGUACCUCAACCAAGCAGAUGUGCAGCAUGCUAUUGGUGUGCCUGUUAACUAUACACAAGAUUCGCUGGCAGUAUCUGGCGCUUUCCUCGAGACGGGUGACUACGCUCGUGAUGGGAUCAUCCAAGACAUAGUUGACCUGUUGCAUGCUGGCGUAAGAGUGGCGCUGAUCUACGGAGAUCGAGACUACGCCUGCAACUGGCUGGGUGGUGAGGCUGCAUCAUAUGCCAUCGCAGCUGCAGCAGGAUCUAGUUAUACUGCUUGGGCCACAGCUGGAUAUGCUCCAAUCGUCACGAACAAUUCUUACAUCGGUGGUGUCGUACGAGAAUAUGGUAACUUGAGCUUCUCAAGGAUCUACGACGCAGGCCACCUGGUACCUGCCUAUCAGCCUGAAACUGCGUUCACUGUGUUUUCGCGUGUCAUCGCCGGCACGGGAAUCAGCUUAGGAUUGCCAAUUGACCUAAGUACCUUUGCAACCACAGGUGACGCGAAUGCCACUCAUACCAACCUUGCGCCCACUGCAGCAGCACCAAUCUGUUUCCUGAGAGCAAUAAACUCCACUUGCAAUCGCGAUCAGAAGAACAUGGUUGCAAAUCGAGCCGGUGUGGUUAUCAAUGGUGUCUUGUACAGUCAAUCUGCAAGUUGGCAAGCGCCGGAACCGAGUGUCAGCAGUGCCGCUGGCAGAGCAACAGCCCCUCCGUCUAGCUACAUUGCGAGCGCACCGCCACCUGCGAGAUCAACGACUAGUUCGUCGGGUUCGAAGAGCGCAUCAGCUACGUCUCAUACACAAACAACAAGCCUGCCAACUGGAGUCUUCACUGCAACAGGUAUCCCGACAUCAACGGUGUCGAAUAUCGCGGCUUCAAGCUUGCUAGCAGUCCAUUGGGUUGCAAGCAGUCUACCAUCUGCUGUGAUCUUUUUAAGUAUAUUCGGCAAGUAUAUACACAUUCUCGCUUGA